GCCGGCGAGAUGCUAGGCGGGAUCCUCUCCAAGAUCCUGCUGCUGCUCUUCGGCUACGCGAUGCCGGCGUUCGAGUGCUUCAAGACGGUGGAGGAGCGACCCAACGACGCGCACAUGCUACGAUUCUGGUGCCAGUACUGGAUUAUUGUGUCCAUGGUGAUAGCCUUUGAGAGCCUCAUCUCUUGGAUGCCAAUGUACGGAGAAAUGAAGCUUGCUUUCUUUGUUUACCUGUGGUACCCCAAAACAAAGGGUAGUGAUGUUGUGUAUGACACCUUUCUUCGGCCCAUUGUGAUGCAAUAUGAGCCAAACAUCGAGCAUAGGCUACUGCAUCUCAGGGCGAAGUCUGGGCAGUUACUUAACUUCUAUGCCAAGAACUUCGCCGACAAAGGGACAGCUUUCUUCAUGGACGUCUUGCGCUAUGUGGUUUCUGAUAAGGCUGAAGGAUCCAAUCUAGAGCAGAGGAAUAAGAAGUCUGGCACUGGCUGGAGUCCCUUCGCGACUAAACGCCGGCCACCAUCGCCACCGCCACAGCAGGAACCUCUCUUCGACAACCCUGAUGCCGCAGCCGUGGCUGAAGUUCUGCGCUCCGCCAUCAACCCCAAACCCCGGCGAGCUCACGAUGGCAAGGACUAUUACUAG